AUGGGUCACCCGAAGCAGAGUCUUUCCCGGUGGCAGAUUUUCCUCCAAGACACGUUAGUGCCCCUUUUGACGAGCAGGAGAACGUAUGUUCCCGACGAGUUUCUUCAGGACCGGGGCAUUAUCCUGAAGAGCUUAGAUCUCGAGACGGGCGACAUUGCGGGCGCUGUGGGCACGGCCAGACUGGUGCCAAUGCCAGCCAAAACUAUCCUGCGGAUACCAGGCCGUGACGGAGAAGAAGAAGAAAAGAGGGAACGGAUACAGGAGGAAAACGCCGACAUUCCCAUUCGUGGCAACGCCGACUGGGAAGAGAGGGAGAAGAAGGACCAGGAUGCGAGGUUUUUCGGAGCCAUGCGUGUGCACGACAUCGCCACGUCGUAUGCGUACGGCUGGGGGCUGCGAGACCAGACCAUGUGGAAUCAAUCAGGGUUUUUGAGACACUACGACAGCAAAGGAAUACCCCGCUAUUCAAUCCUGACAGUGUGCGCACCCGUCAAGAUGGGCUGCCAAUUGGACGAAACGAGACCCUGCAUUGUCGGGUAUCAGUCCGACGUGACGCCGCUUGAGGAUGGGCGGCUCCUCGUCAGUGAACUCAACGCUUUUCUAGUCCUCGCCUCCAGAUACGGCGAACGACCAGCAUAUGCAGACUGCGAUGAACUAGUCAUUACUGUCAUCACUGGAUCGGACCGGCAGGUGCGCAUUGCACAGAGUCGAGUCAAUUUUGUCAACAACAUUUUCGACGUGAGCCUAUCAAGAAUAUUGGAUUUCGAGACGACGAUUGGGAAGAACUUUGAUGAUUUCAUCACAUUGGUGGGAUGGUUUGCAUGCUCAGUCGCACCGCGGACGAGCUGGGCCUAG